GCUGUUCUGAGGGUCCUCCCGUGCCAUAACCUGUUUUCUCUGCAGCAGCCUCAGACCAUAAAGAAAGGACUAUUUAGGCUCCGUUGGGAGCAGGGAGAGAAAAGGAGAGAAGGAAGGGGAUUACAGCACAUCGGUCAGUUAGGCCUCUCGGCGGAGGGAGGCGCGCACCGGGACGGCACUCAGACACAGAGAUGGCGCUUCGCGGGACUCCUCGGCGGCGGCGCAAAGUUCGAGGGCGGAGAGAGAUGCUGCCGCAGCAAGUUGGCUUCAUGUGUGCGGUGCUGGCUCUGGUGUGCUGUGCGUCCGGCCUCUUGGGCAGCUUGGGGCACAAAACAGUUUCUGCCAGCAAACAUACUCUACAGGACAUAUGGAGAAAUAGAAAGUUGAUGGCACCGGUGAAUGGGACUCAUAUGGCUAAGAACUGCACAGAUCCUGCGAUUCACGAGUUCCCCGCGGACCUGUUCUCCAAUAAGGAACGACAGCACGGGGCUGUCCUGCUGCAUAUCCUUGGUACUCUGUACAUGUUCUACGCCCUGGCCAUCGUGUGUGAUGACUUCUUUGUUCCGUCGCUAGAGAAGAUCUGUGAGAGACUUCAUCUGAGCGAAGAUGUGGCCGGAGCCACCUUCAUGGCUGCGGGAAGCUCGACUCCAGAGCUGUUUGCCUCUGUCAUUGGUGUCUUCAUCACCCACGGGGACGUCGGGGUGGGGACCAUUGUGGGCUCCGCUGUGUUCAACAUCCUGUGCAUCAUCGGAGUGUGUGGGCUGUUUGCUGGCCAGGUAGUCCGUCUGACGUGGUGGGCUGUGUGCCGCGACUCCGUGUACUACACGCUCUCUGUCAUCGUGCUCAUCGCGUUCAUCUAUGAUGAAGAAAUUAUGUGGUGGGAAGGCCUGGUGCUCAUCAUCUUGUACGUGUUUUACAUUCUGAUCAUGAAGUAUAAUGUGAAGAUGCAAGCCUUUUUCACCACCAAAAAAAAGAGCAUUGCAAAUGGCAACCCAGCCAGCAACGAGCUGGAAGAUGGUAAUGACUUCUAUGACGGUAGCUAUGAUGAUCCUUCUGUGCCAUUGCUGGGGCCAGUGAAGGAGAAGCCACAAUAUGGCAAAAACCCCGUGGUGAUGGUGGAUGAGAUCAUGAGCUCCAGCCCUCCAAAGUUCAGCUUCCCUGAGGCCGGCUUACGUAUCAUGAUCACCAAUAAGUUUGGGCCCAGGACCCGACUACGGAUGGCCAGCAGGAUCAUAAUUAAUGAGCGGCAGAGGCUGAUCAACUCGGCCAACAGUGUGAGCAGCAAGCCACUUCAGAACGGGAGACCUGAGAACGUGCAGAACGGAGACGUCCCCGGGGAGAACCCCGAGGACCCUCAGCAGGAUCAGGAGCAGCAGCCGCCGCCCCAGCCGCCACCCCCGGAGCCGGAGACAGCGGAGACCGUCUUCCUGUCCCCCUUCUCCGUGCCAGAGGCCAGAGGGGACAAGGCCAAGUGGGUGUUCACCUGGCCACUCCUCUUCCUCUUGUGCAUCACCAUCCCCAACUGCAGCAAGCCCCGCUGGGAGAAGUUCUUCAUGGUCACCUUCAUCAACGCCACGCUGUGGAUCGCCAUCUUCUCCUACCUCAUGGUGUGGCUGGUGACUAUUAUCGGAUACACACUUGGGAUACCCGAUGUCAUCAUGGGCAUCACAUUCCUGGCAGCGGGCACGAGUGUUCCAGACUGCAUGGCCAGCUUAAUUGUGGCAAGACAAGGCCUUGGAGACAUGGCUGUCUCUAACACCAUAGGAAGCAAUGUGUUUGACAUCCUAGUGGGACUCGGCAUCCCGUGGGGCCUGCAGACCAUGGUUAUUAACUACGGAUCCACGGUGAAGAUCAACAGCCGGGGUCUGGUGUAUUCGGUAGUGCUGUUGCUAGGCUCCGUCGCUCUCACCGUCCUUGGCAUCCACUUCAACAAAUGGCGGCUGGACCGGAAGCUGGGCAUCUACGUGCUUGUCCUCUACGCCGUCUUCCUGUGUUUCUCCAUAAUGAUAGAGUUUAACGUCUUCACCUUCGUUAACUUGCCCAUGUGCCGAGAAGACGAAUAAGCAGAGCCGCCGCCUUGGGAGCUGCUCUGGCCACCCGUGCCGCUGGCGACCUCUUCUCUCUCUCCUUCCCCACCACAGGUCUGUCCUGCCUCAGCAGCCACCGUCUGUUCUUCAUGAGCUGGAAGGAAGGGCCGUUGUGGUCUUUGUGUGGUCACGGGCCAGCUGCUGGGCACCCGUGCCACCUUGGAGUCCUGCUCCACUUGAGGCAGGUUUGGGGGUUCAUUUGAAUUGAGCAGCUCCUCGGACCCCUGAGCUGCCAGCCACAGGGAUGGAUGUCUCAUCUCUCUCAUGCUGCCGUCAGAGGACCUCUGCGUGCAGUUUUCUUUCUGUCACACAGGCAGCCUUGGAAUGAGGCAGGCAGUGAGGGCGAGGUCUCCUGGGGCAAGUGCGAAAUGGGACAGUUGCUCUUGUGUCCCCUCUGGGCCACAGGGUGAGCCCCCUAGGCAGCACAUGCCACCAGCUGGUAGCUCUUGAGGUUUGGAGGAAGUGAGCAUCACCUGCUAGGAGUUUGAGACCAUUAUGGCUGACUCACCACUCCUUUUUCUGGAAAAAAAAAAAAAAGAAAAGAAAGAAAGAAAGAAAGAAAGAAUGGAAACUUUUUUCUCCCCAGCAGAAGAGAGAAAAGCAAACAAAAUACUCUUAUGCUUUUUAUUGAUGCAUUCAGAGAAUGAGCAAUUAUUAUUAAAAGUAAAACAUCAUAUAGAUCAUCAUACUUGAAAAAUAUCAUUCCACACAAAAGGAUCAUGACAGGAACCAAAAAAGUAACCCUUGUAGAAAGUGAAUCCUGUGUUUGUCAUCCUGCUUUGGCUCUAAGACUCUUGGUUUGGAAUUUAGAAAGAGGUGAAAACCUACCAUGGAAUCAGGUGCUAACUCAGAGACACAGUAGGGUAAACUGCAACAUUUACAGCUAGACAUUCCAGAACAUUCCAGACCUUCUGCGUGAUGGGACAUACUGUCUCUUCGAGCGUGUUAUUUCUUUGUUAUUGCUGUAUUUUCAAAGUCACCUUGGAGCGACCCAGUUGUUUAUAUGCUCAACAAAUUUCAGAAGUGAUGGUUCAUGACAAGAAGACAGAUUUCCUGAAACACAGCAAAUUGCUGUCUGGCUAGCUGAAGGCAAGUAUGAAAACCGUAUCUUAGAGUGUUUAGAGCUAAGUUUCUUGAACCUUAUAGUUUGCUACACAUGAAAGUGAGGUGUGGGGGUUGAUUCAAAAAUAGAAACUAUGAAAUAAUGUUAAGCUGCUUCAUAGAUCUAAAAUACAUAUAUUUAAAGAUUUAGGAACAUAAACCAUUCUUGGGUUCUAACAAGAAAGCACAAAUUAAUUUUAUAUGGAGUGGUUUUUUAUUUUUUUAAUGUUUCUAUUGCAAAAGUCUAUCAGAUAUGAUGCACUUUUAAUAUUAAGAUAUUUUGCACAGAAGAAGGUAUGGGACUGACCCAUAGUGAUGUGAGAAGAAAGGGUUUUAGUGAUUCACCAGAAAUUGCUUUAAACUUGGUGAUGAUGAGUCUAAAUCCAGUAGCUAAUCCCUUCCUGAGAUGCAGCUCUCAUGACCCACAUUGGAAUUUCUAACUAUGUUCUUUAAGGCCUCUGGAAUUUCCAAAGGAGGAAGUGUUCAAGCUUGUGUCUCUUAAGUUCCUCAAGCAUGAACCCCCUGCAGGACCUCAUUCCCAUUACCAGGCCUCUCUUCGGGGUUCACAUCAGUAUUAGUAGCUACACCAAGUCAAGGCUUCACUUUUUGUUCCUCUCCCUGGAUAUUGGUCUCAGCAGUCUUUGAAUUAGAACAGGAGUGAUUUUCCUAAGAAAUUAGCUCAGCAAUAGGCUGGGUGUGGUGGCGCACGCCUGUAAUCCCAGAAUUUGGGAGGCUGAGGCAGGAAGAUUG